AUGCUGCGUGGUCUCAACAAGAAGAUCAGCAGAUCCAAGCAGAAGCUGAUGCAGAAGAUCGGCAAGGCCGACUCGACGACUGAUGACGAAUACGAUGUGCUUGCUGCAGACUUUGAGGCCCUCGAUGAGGCCGUGGCGUCGAUGGCCGCCGCCACCUCCAGGUACGUCUCCGCGCUCCGAAGCCUCACAGCCGCGCGAGAAGACAUUGCCGACGCGCUGGGCUUUAUGUUCAAGACCUCGCGUGAGAAGGACGGCGAUCUUGGGACCGCCGCACGAGCGUUUGUCUCGGGCCAAAACAAACUAGGAGGCAUGACCUCGGUCGCUGUCGCCCAGAUCGAGGCCUACUGCUUCUCGGCCCUCAACGACUACACUGCCGCCUUUGCCCCGCUCCGCACCGAGAUGAAGAACCGCGAAAAGUACCUGCUCGACUAUGAUCGCUUCCGCCGCCAGCUCGACUCGCUCAUCGAGAAGGGCGCCAAAGAAGGCAAGAUCAUCAAAGUCCGCGAGUCCAUGGGCAAGGCCCAGACCCGCUACGACGCCCAGAACCGUCGCGUCUCCCGCGACCUCAUCCGCUUCUUUGAUGCCCGCGUCACCAUUCUCGAGCCAGUCUUCCAAGCUUUUGCCAAGGCCGAGGAGGAGUACAUCACCGCCUUUCAGAUCGAGGCCAUGCGGACUCGCUCCCUGCUCCCUGGCUUGGCCAGCAACCGAAGCGUCGGCCUCCACCCCACACAGGGAAGCGAUCCAGACAUCCGCCCACGCGCUGCCUCGAUCCCAGUCCAUCUUGAUUCGUCGCUCCACAAUAUGGGCGAGCUAUCGCUCUCAGGCGACCCGUCGCUCACGCUCCCGUCAUCGUCUAGUCUGUUGCAACUGCCGCACAGCGCGCCGACGUCGCCGACCGCCUCCAUUCCCCCGCUGGUAGCUCCUCCUCCUUCCACCGUGCCUCCCACGCCUGACUCGGACUCGAACCCGCUUCCACCGCCCAUCUCUACCGCUGGCCUCUUGCCUGCAGACAUGCAAGCCCGCCGUGACAAGGCCCGUGAUCGCAUCGCCAAGCUCACACUCAGCCGCGCCGAAUACGUCAUCAACCUCGAAAUCUUCGAGCCCGACACCGACGAGUACGAAGAGUCCCAGUUUCACAUCGAGCGCAUUGACGUCGAGCUUGCCAACGCCCGUCGUGAAGACCAACAUCGCCCCACUGUCCAACCCGAGCGGGCUCCCGAUCCGAACCCGCUUCCCACUGCAGACCUUCUCAACCAGACCCGCGUUGUUCUCAUCGCCAUUCACGACUACUCUGCACUUGCCGACGAUCAAGUCUCAUUCGUCACAGGCGAUUCAAUGAUUGUUGCCGCACUGCUCUCGCCGCAAUGGUACCAGGGCAUGGUCCAGCGGACCGGCGACUUUGGCAAGAUCCCCGCCCACCUCGUCACCAUCUCCUCCAACCCGUCGACCUCCUCGUCCUAG